AGAAUUUACAGAACUUAUUUCUGUUGACCGAUCGCGAUCAUGGCUACUGAUUUUUCACCCAGAAGAUAAAAUUUCAAUGCAUCAGUGACGAGUCGGAAGUCAAUAAAAGCACCCGAGUACGUUCUCGUGCAAAGAGGAACAGGCUGUUCGAGAUGAAACUACUAGCGACUCCGAAACACCUGUCCGACACGUUAGCGCCGGUGAUGGCUCUAAAAUAUCUGAUGGGUCUUAGCGUUCUCGAGUAUCCCCGUGGAAAACCACGCACCGUGCCAUGUCUGAUCUAUCUCCUGCUCCUGAUCUUCAUCUACUGCAUAUCCGUACGUGCGGAACACACAUUCUACAAGGCCACUAAGCUACUGAAGCUGGAGUACGUCUUGUAUGAGCUAAUAGUGUACGUGAAUGCUUUCGUCGUUGUAUACGACAUAAUUCUCGCUUGGUGCUACAUGAAGAAAGUUAACGCCUGCUACAGAAAGAUCGCCCAAAUCGACGAGACGCUGCAACAACUUGGAUCAGUGCUUAACCACAGCAGAAUAUAUUACGUAAUGAUCGGCGUUAUAAUCAUGUGGAUCUCGUAUAUUGUCGUCGUAAGCAUCAUAAUGGUCACACAUUUACCCACGAGUAUGGAAACUGCAAUUUGGGUGGCAGUGUCGCAGAUAUAUGGAACAACCAUCAGUUUCAUUAUCAUCUUGGAGUUUUCGGUAUCUGUGAAGUGCCUGCAAAUGAGAUUCGAAUUAGUUAAUGAAAUCCUGAACGAAGGGGCGACGAUGUCAUCGACGGAAGGGAUGAAAUUGGGUCUCUUUGCGGCGGAGGAUUAUAGUAAAAUCUCGGGCGCCAAGCGCCAACAGAAACACAUACUUUCUACAAAAGUGCUGUCUCAAUUGAAUCGGCAUCUGCAGUCUCGAAUACGAGCCCGUGGCUCGCGAAAUCGUAAUCUCAACAGGCCGAGGACUCGGUCUCGUCUGCCGUCUGAACUCCAGAAGCAGUUCCAGAUGGAACUUCAGGGUCAAUCCGGAAACCAAACCGGAGAUUCAAACUCGAUCCGCAAAUUCAUCGUGACCGCGGAGUGUCAAAAACGCAAACAUUUGUUGCAGACGACCAAACAGGUGCAUCUGGAGCUCUGCAGAGUGACGAAGGCGCUAUGCACCAGCUUCGGCGUACAGAUCACUUCGGAGAUUGGACUGUCCAUCGUGUUCAUCACUGGGGUUUUAUAUAAUCUGUACAUCCGUCUGGAAACUCAACAGUCGGGCGGCUGCUUCGGCAGCAACAUAAUCAAUCAAAUACACGUUGUGGUCUUGGUAGGAAUCAUAUACUCGCUGAAGAUCAUUAUCAUAAAUAACGUCUGCAAAAACGCGACCAACGAGGGAAGCAAGACUGCCGAGAUCAUCCACGCGAUUUACGGGUGCUGCGUGGAUGUCGAUAUACGAGAAGAGAUUCUACAAUUUGGCCUGCAGAUAUCGCAAAGUCCGUUGGAGUUCAUCUCGUUUGGCAUCUCCUUGAAUUAUCAGAUCAUAAGUGCAGUCUGUAGAUUUACAUUUAAAAAACGUAUAAUUAUACGAAUGCAACCGAUAAUUUACAUUUACGUUUUUUUCUGUCCGCAGUGUCUGAAAACUGUGACCACUUACAUGGUUAUCAUGGUACAGAUGAGCAACUCGUUAGAGGCGAGUAAAAAUAUUUGA